CCAACAAGCUCCAAUGAUAAGAUACAAGUGAAGUAAUAAAUCUCCAUCAUAAGAUACAAAGUAUAAACUUUUGCUUCCCUGUGGUUCUUAAGAAACAUGAAAUCGAAAGGCGGUGAUGUCUCUGAAGGGAAACCUGCAGGAGAAUACACGAAGGAGGUCGUCAGUGGGCAGUGGACCACCGGUCUCUGGGAUUGUCGCGAGGAUGGAUCCAAUUGUCUCCAAAGUUGCUUCUGUCCAUGCGUAACCUUCGGGCAGAUCGCAGAGAUUAUAGACCGUGGAACAACACCAAGCACGGUGGCGAGCAUACUCUACUGUGGGCAGCGAUGUCCAUGCCUCUAUGGAAGCUUGUACAGAACGAAACUGCGUCGCUUGUUCUCACUUCCGGAAGCUCCAUAUUCGGACCUAGUUGUUCAUAGCUGCUGCUGCAUCUGUAGUCUCUCCCAGGAGUACAGAGAAUUCAAGAAUCGCGGGAUCAAUCCCUCUCUAGGAAUCACAAAGACUUUGCAUAUUGGAUUUUCAUCUUUUGUUUCAUAUACUGACUGUGCCUAUAUAUCAAAAAGUGGGAAAAGUUCGAAAAUUCUAAUCAACUUUUUGAUGUGGGAAUGUUCGUUGAGGUUGGGAAGCGAAUGUCGAGAAGUGGAAAGCCGAGGGACUUACACCUCCCAUUAUUGCAGAUGGCAUGUCGCGAUGAUUAUUUCUUAGCUGCCAAUCGAAUUUAGCAUACCAUAAUGUUGCAAUCUCGGUCGAUCUAUGCAGGGGUCAGAAUAUAUAUAUAGUACGUAGUACUCAUGACCUGAGUGUCCAUGUAUAUGUAAGAUUAUUGAGUUGUAUAGAUAUGAUUGUACCUGUUUGUGCCGACAAUAAAUGUACGGGCUUGGCCAAUGUUUCGGUUGGAUUAGUAGUUUUCCAGAAUGAAUUGGUCCUUCAUAUA